UACGAGUGAACCUGAAGGCAUCAUAGUUCCACCCCUGCUGGGCUGACAGACAGAAAGCUAAAUCUACAGCAGCACACCGACAUACAGGUACUGUUCUUACUACAAUCUGCCCAAGAAGAGUCGACCUGUCAGCAGCAGAGCAGCAACACAUACUGGGACCUUAAUCUGCCAGCGUGUCGGUAUUAUUUAACAACUCCCAGCAGCUCCAUUAGCAGGCUAAGCUAGCAGGAAGAAGAGCUAAACUCCGCUGAGGGACAUCCCACUGCAGGCUGCUGGACAUGACAGAUCCAGCUAUGUAAGCUGCUCUGAUGUGUGGACUUGGACAUCCAUUCAGCGCCUGGUUGAGACCGCUUUCAAGCUGGUCUGGAGGAGGACCACACCACUACUGUGAAGUAAACAUCCAACAGACCUGCAGCUGAUUCGGCUGAACAGGUGUAUGUUGGUCUGGUUCGUAGCAUAACUCCCCCAGAGCAGCCUCCCUCCCUUUCCCUCCCCUUCCCCUCCCAUCUGCUCUCCCUGUAGCACUUACAAUGCCUCUGGGUUUGGGAAGAAGGAAGAAGGCGUCCCCGUUGGUGGAGAACGAGGAAGCGGAGCCCAUCCGCGCAGGUCUUAAUGUGCCAGGUAUGGAUGGCCUAGAUGGAGGUGUUGUCGGGCUGGGAGAAGGUGCCACCUCCGAAGGUCUACCUCCUCCACACAGCAGCAUGCGACCUCGCCUCAUCUUCCACACUCAGCUUGCUCACGGCAGCCCCACAGGCCGCAUAGAGGGCUUCAGUAAUGUGCGGGAGCUUUAUGCCAAGAUUGGUGAGGCCUUUGGGAUACCGCCGGCUGAGGUUAUGUUUUGCACACUGAACACUCACAAGGUGGACAUGGAUAAGCUGUUGGGAGGUCAGAUUGGGCUAGAGGACUUUAUUUUUGCCCACAUUAAAGGACAGCGAAAAGAAAUAGAGGUGUACAAAGGAGAGGAUGCACUAGGGUUGACGAUCACUGAUAAUGGAGCUGGCUACGCUUUCAUCAAGAGAAUCCGCGAAGGGAGCGUCAUCCACCAGAUUCAGGUCAUCAACGUAGGCGAUAUGAUCGAGUCGAUCAAUGGCCAUCGCCUGAUUGGGUGUCGACACUAUGAGGUAGCCAAGAUGCUGAAGGAGCUGCCCAAAGGGAAGGAGUUCACUAUCAAGCUGGUGGAGCCUCUCAAGGCCUUUGAUAUGAUCGGCCAGCGAUCUGGAGGGUCCAGGUCCUCAUCAGGGGUUCAGCUGGGGACCGGCAGAGGAACUCUGCGGCUGCGCUCUAAAGGUCCUGCUACUGUGGAGGAGCUGCCCUCUGCGUUCGAGGAAAAGGCCAUUGAGAAAGUGGAUGACCUGCUUGAGAGCUACAUGGGCAUCAGAGACAGCGAGCUGGCGGCUACCAUGGUGGAGCUGGGAAAGGACAAAAAGAACCCUGAUGAGUUUGCCGAGGCUUUAGAUGAAACCCUCGGGGACUUUGCCUUCCCGGAUGAAUUUGUUUUCGACGUCUGGGGCGCCAUCGGCGAUGCUAAGGUCGGGCGAGUGUAACCACAAACUAACGGAGCAGAACAACCUAUGUGUGACACCCACAACAUUCAGCACUACUAGGAAACACAACACUACCGUCAUGAGUUUGUUUUUUAUUCCAGUGUAUACUCCUACUAUUAUUAUUUAGAGUGCACCCUUUUGGGAGACUCUGCCUGGACGAAGAGGAUGAUGGCAGUUAACGGGAGAAGGUGACUGUGAUGACUUCCCAAGUGCUUUUUUUUUUUUUGUCUUCCGGCUUUUUCCAGAAACUACAAGCACGCUGAUGAGCAUUCCCUUUGACCGCCUCACACAAACCUGCAUGUCAUUGUUGUAGUUGCUGGCAGUGGAACAAGCACAGCACAAUUCUCUAAUAUGGGAGAAAUGAAAGACAACGGCUAAUACAAAGUACAUCUUUGAUAGCAAAAAAAAAAAGAAAUGUGAUUUUUUUUUUUUUUUUUUUUUUUUUUAUUGUUCACAUUGCACUGUGUUGCACUGCGCUGUAAACCAACAACAGAUGGGAACUGAGAUUGCAUUGUACCUCACCUGGUGAGCAGCACAGUUAUUGCACAGUACAAGCCAGGCGUCGGCCUCCCUGAGUUAAAAAUGUCGUCCUGAACUACUCGCUGUUACUGUUAUGGAUCAGUUUUAUAAGCAUGUGCUAUUAUAUUUUUAUCUUCAUAAUGAAUUCUGCUGUUUUUUGUUUUUUUUAUUUUGGUAAAAGAAAAAUUUGUCAUAGUAACGUGUAGCUCACUGACUGAGAGAUCAGUGGUGUUUGUUCACCUUUAACACACUCCAUGCUGUAAUGAAGUUAACACUCCAGUCUUACUUUCAUACAUCUCACCGUGUUACAGAGAAUCAGUGUUAAUUGACCUUUUAUCGAAGGUGAGAAUGGUUCCAGGUUUGUGUCGACUUAUUUUUUUAUAGCUAGUGUUUUUAUAUGAAGUGAUGUGAUGUCUAUUUUAAAACAGGGUUUGUUUAACAGAUGAAGGAUUUGAUCUUGUGUUGCAACUACUUUAUUUUGAAGCAUUACAGAAGGCAGUAUUAAAGAAGAGAAAGGCAAGAGAUGGAGUAGUUGUGUAAAAAGGAAUUUGUUAAGAAAACAAUGCCUUCAUUUCAUGCAUUUUAUACGUUCCUGUUAGAAGUAUACAUUCUGGUGCUUCAUUGGAGCAGAAUGAAACCAAACUACUUCCAUCACGUGUCGCAAUGACUUGUGUUGUUCAUCGAGAGGAAAAAACGGGCAAUGCUGCACCAACUACUCAGCGUAGGCGUCUUAAAUAAAACAUUUUGGUGUUAACCUUUUAAGUAUAUCCAAAUGUAUGAAGCUAUUUUGUAGUUUUGUUUCAUUCUUCAGAGUUAAUGAAUAUCUAAAUGUAAUGAAACUGAUGCUAGAACACUGUAACACUGAGAAGAACACAUUAUUUUGAUGGCUUUGUAUUACACUGUUGUCAAUGUCCAAUUAUAAUGCAAUAAUAACAUCGACAUGGCAGUUUU